GCUUCCGGGCAGAUUUGAACUGACCAAUGGGCGAGCUGCCGACCGGGUGUCGGAAAAAGAGGCGGAAGCGGGGAGGAGCCGCCGCCGGAGCCGGACCGCAUCCAUCGCGGCGUCUCCAUGGCACGUCCCUGGCCUCCGACUUCAACGACUACAUAAGGAGGCGCUUCUGGGCACAGCCGUGCCGCUCCUGGUUUCCAGCUUGCGGGAAGAACGGAGUAACAAGUCUCACGCAGAAAAAGGUCUUAAGGACACCUUGUGGCCCGCCCAGUGUGACCGUGACGGCGUAUUCUGCAAAUCUUGACAGCAGACUUUCCCAAAAACAGAAAAGGAAGAAAAGAAAGCAAAGGGGAGGGAAAUCUCAUAAGCGUGGAAUGAAAGGGGACACCGUGAAUGUGCGGCGGAGUGUCCGGGUGAAAGCCAAGAAUCCACCUCACUGCCUGGAGAUCACGCCACCGUCUUCAGAAAAACUGGUCUCCGUGAUGCGACUCAGUGACCUUUCCACCGAAGAUGACGACUCUGGUCACUGUAAAAUGAACCAUUAUGACAAGAAGAUUGACAGUCUUAUGAACGCGGUUGGUUGUCUCAAGUCUGAGGGGCCCUGUGACGCCUGUCCUGUGGUGUGCCAGCUGAACCACGGUUUGUAUCCUGGCUCGGUCCCCAGCCAGCAAGCGACUCAGGCUCUGUCCUCGGUGUCGUCAGGCCUGAGGAGAGAUGAGAAGGGCUGCUGUUUCCCCCGGCUCUUGGUCAAGAUGCAGAAGGGUGAGCGCCAGAUGGCCAAGCGCUUCCUGGAAGAGCGGAAGGAGGAGCUGGAGGAGGUCGCCCACGAGCUGGCCGAGACGGAGCACGAGAACACCGUGCUCAGGCACAACAUCGAGCGCAUCAAGGAGGAGAAGGACUUCACCAUGCUCCAGAAGAAACACCUCCAGCAGGAGAAAGAAUGCCUCAUGUCCAAGCUGGUGGAGGCGGAGAUGGACGGCGCGGCCGCAGCGAAACAAGUUCUGGCCCUGAAGGACACCAUCGGGAAGCUGAAGACGGAGAAACAAAUGACCUGCACGGACAUCAACACGCUGACGAGGCAGAAGGAGCUUCUCCUUCAGAAGCUGAGCACGUUCGAAGAGACCAACCGCACCCUGCGAGACCUGCUGAGGGAACAGCACUGCAAGGACGACUCUGAUAGACUAAUGGAGCAACAAGGAGCGCUAUUAAAACGGCUGGCCGAAGCAGACACAGAGAAAGCGCGUCUGCUGUUACUGCUGCAGGACAAGGACAAGGAGGUGGAAGAGCUCCUCCAGGAGAUCCAGUGCGAGAAGGCACAAGCGAAGACGGCAGCCGAGCUGUCCAAGUCCAUGGAGUCCAUGCGCGGCCACUUGCAAGCCCAGCUGCGCUGCAAGGAAGCCGAGAACAGCCGCCUGUGUAUGCAGAUCAAGAACCUCGAGCGCAGUGGCAACCAGCACAAAGCGGAAGUGGAGGCGAUCAUGGAGCAGCUGAAGGAACUGAAACAGAAAGGCGACCGGGACAAGGAGUCCCUGAAGAAGGCCAUCCGCGCCCAGAAGGAGCGAGCCGAGAAGAGCGAGGAGUACGCCGAGCAGCUGCACGUGCAGCUGGCCGACAAGGACCUUUAUGUCGCCGAAGCUCUGUCCACCCUGGAGUCCUGGAGGAGCCGCUACAACCAAGUUGUCAAGGACAAGGGUGACCUCGAGCUGGAGAUCAUCGUCCUGAACGACCGGGUGACAGACCUCGUGAACCAGCAGCAAACCCUAGAGGAGAAGAUGCGGGAAGACCGGGAUAGCCUGGUGGAGAGACUGCACCGCCAGACUGCCGAGUACUCGGCGUUCAAGCUGGAGAACGAGCGGCUGAAGGCUAGCUUUGCCCCCAUGGAGGACAAACUCAGCCAGGCGCACCUGGAAGUGCAGCAGCUGAAAGCAUCCGUCAAGAACUACGAGAACAUGAUUGACAACUAUAAGAGCCAGGUCAUGAAGACCAGAUUGGAGGCAGACGAAGUGGCUGCCCAGCUGGAACGCUGUGAUAAAGAAAACAAGAUCCUUAAAGAUGAGAUGAACAAAGAGAUCGAAGCGGCUCGCAGGCAGUUCCAGUCCCAGCUGGCUGACCUCCAGCAGCUCCCCGACAUCCUCAAGAUCACCGAGGCGAAGCUGGCCGAGUGCCAGGACCAGCUGCAGGGCUACGAGAAGAAGAACAUCGACCUCACAGCCAUCAUCUCCGACCUGCGCAGCCGGAUCGAACACCAGGGGGACAAGCUGGAGAUGGCGCGAGAGAAACAUCAGGCCUCCCAGAAGGAAAAUAAAGAGCUGAGUCUGAAGGUGGAUGAACUGGAGAGGAAACUGGAGGCCACCAGCGCCCAGAAUCUCGAGUUCCUCCAGGUGAUCGCCAAGAGGGAGGAGGCCAUCCACCAGUCCCAGCUGCGGCUGGAGGAGAAGACGCGGGAGUGCGGCUCGCUGGUGCGGCAGCUGGAGAACGCCAUCGAGGACGCCCGCAGGCAGGUGGAGCAAACCAAGGAGCAGGCGUUGUCUAAGGAGCGAGCGGCUCAGAACAAGAUUCUGGACCUUGAGACCCAGCUGAGUAGGACCAAAACAGAAGUCAGCCAGCUGCGACGGAGUUGGGACAACGUGGACCGGCGCUACCAGAGCCGGCUGCAGGACCUGAAGGACCGCCUGGAGCAGUCGGAGAGCACCAACCGCAGCAUGCACAACUACGUGCAGUUCCUCAAGGCCUCCUACGCCAACGUGUUCGGGGACAACCCCUACAGCAGCUUCCUCACCAGCUCCCCCAUCCGCUCGCGCUCGCCUCCUGUCUGAGGCUGCGGGUUGUGGGCCGGGAGUCCCGGAGGAGGCCCAGGACGGGAAGGCCAUGGGAAGUGGAAGUCGCCAAGCCAUCCUGCGAGACCCGCUUGGUUCCCCUCCUUCCCGGCGAGAAAGUGCCAUCAGGAUUUUGUCCUUAGCUCAGGGCUCCAGAAAAGUCUGGAAAGCUGCCUGGAGGAGGAGGCAGAAACCAACAUUCUCCCCUCUCGGAUGUCGCUGCCGAAAGGCAGUCUCUGGCAGGCCUGCUCGGGUACUCAGUUCAACACCCUGAUACCGCUGGCAGUGCCCGAGCACGGGUUGGCACGGGGGGCUUUUUCCUCCCGUGUCCUGACACCUCGUUUUUGUAGGAACUUUGGUUUUUCUCUGCCCCCAGUCCAGAGGCCCUCCCCGGCCCGGGCUUGGAGGGUGACCCGUGUCCUCCUUCCGGGUCCCUGAGGUGCUGGUUUUCCCCAAAGCCGCCCUCGAAAGCUCAGGGGCGGCCUCUCGGGCCCGUGUUCCCUUGAGGCCCCUUCUCCGGAAGCACUUCACAGGGGUCGCUGGAGGGCCCCUGUCUAAGUUGACCGUCUCAAAGGGUGACCCCAGGGUCACUCUUGCUCUUUCAGGUUCGUACCUGUGGAACGCAUUUAUUCUUGGAAUUUUUUGUGUUUUUCAAAAGUUUUUUAAUUGAUAUUUAAGCCUUUCUCGGUUGAUUCCUCUUGCACCACAUGCCCCAACCCCCUUCUGAAAAUAAAUGAAUUGGUAGCGGGAGAGUCAGUAGACGUGAAAGGACCCAGUGCUCACGUCAGACUUCUGCUGGGCUUGUGCAGGUUCUUUCUCUCCUGUCUGUACGCCAUCAGCCCCUGACCAGGGGAUCCGUGCUCUUGUAGGGCCUGCAUGUUCUUGGGGCCAAACCCUGUGAGCCAUUAGGAAGAAGAUGGCAGAGGAUACAUGAUGAUUUUUCUCUGUUAAAAGGGAUAGAGCUAUAUAGUACAGUGGUCAGGGCCUUGCACGAGGCUGACCUCCCCUCUCGGAUGUCGCUGCUGGAAGGCAGGUCCCAGUGUCUCUGACCU